CUCUACUUCCCAAAAAUAUGAACUGUCACAGUAAUUUCUGUACACAUACCAUAAAAGGCUUUUGCAAGGACCAUGGCCUGAACCUAUGAGGGAAUUGCUUCAUAAAAUACCAUAACUCGUGUGAGUGGAUUGAACUUCCUCCAGUAAAAGAACUCCAUGAACAGCUUGAUAUUGUGAAGAAGUUACUUGAUAAGGUGGAGACGGUUGAUUUAAAAGUAAAAAUUUAGUGAUCAUACUGCUGGACUUCAUGAUAUAGUGCAAAAGUUUCGAGAAAGAUGUUUGGAAAUCGAUGAACAUCUUAUUGGAGCACAGAGCCGAUUAAUAAUCCCAGAAAUUGUUAAAGUAAAAGAAGAGAUACUUGAACUCAGAAACAAAUUUGAACAUGAAAAAACCAUAAAGCAGUGGGCUUUCUUCUACUUUAAGUACAAAACUCUUUCCACCAAUGAAGACCUACAAACUUCUGAGUUUCCUGGGAACAUUUCAAACCAAGAUUAUAUACAUAAGAUCGGUGGCUCCCAGUUUUCUACAAUUGGACUUGACGUCACUGAAGUACAGAAGGACCCGGCGAAGUUUAAUAAUCCCCAAAAUACCAAGGAGAUUCAACCAUUCAUGAAUAUUCUGACCAGUGCCUGAAAUGUCUUCCUUUCGAAGAAGCUCCUCUCAGAAUAUUUAGGUAAUGAUCCAGGCAAUGUUUCAGACCUAAAACUUGAACUCAGAACAGACGAACCUAGAGCCCUUGAGUUUAUGAAGAAAUUGGUUAAAAUAGAUUUCACUUUCUCAAAGAUCUCGCAGUUGACACUAGAAAUAGUUUUCGAAGAUGGGAAACUUAAGACAGAAGAGAGUCAUGAGAAUACUUUAGUAAACUUUAUGACCCAAGCCAAUUUUGCUGAGAUUCCUUCCUUAAGAAUUUAUGGACAAGAUUCUGGAAACCAGUAUCCUUCUGUUAUUUCGAUAUGAGACAUUUUAUAUCCUCUCAAAAUAUUUUUGAAUAAGUGAAAGGCUUCGCAUUGACUGUUUGAAAACUUUAUCAUCGAAAUAAAUGAUAUUAUAAAAGGUUUUGAUUCUGAAAGUUGCCAAGUUUUGGACUUCAGUGCCUGCGAAAUCUCGCAUUCAAAGCCAUUCCUUGAAGUAAACCCCAGCCAAAAACUCAUUAUAGAAAAGAUAGACUUCCAGAAUUGUUUCAUCCAGCAAGAGAACGAGAUAACCGUUGAAAAGUGAUUAUGGAAGUUGAACAUCUCUCCUAUUAAGAACAGUCUGAUGACUUUUCAUUUUCCAACUCUUGAAUGCUCACAACAAAAACUCGAAAGGAUUCAGAAAUCAUACGAUCUUGAGCACAUAGACUUCAAUUUCAGUCUCCAAGAUGCCUAA